AUGACAGGAACAUGCCUUUUCAUUCCUCAUUCUCACUGUCUUGUCAACCCCGUGAACAUGCCUUUUCAUUCCUCAUUCUCACUGUCUUGCCAUCUCCGUGCUGUUGCUGCUGCUGCUGCUGCUGCUGCUGCUGCUGCUGCUGCUGCUGCUGCUGCUGCUGCUGCUGCUGCUGCUGCUGCUGCUGCUGCUGCUGCUGCUGCUGCUGCUGCUGCUGCUGCUGCUGCUGCUGCUGCUGCUGCUGCUGCUGCUGCUGCUGCUGCUGCUGCUGCUGCUGCUGCUGCUGCUACUGCUGCAGCUGCCGCCGCCGCCACCGCCGCCACUGCUGCUGCUUCUCAAUCCUAG